UUUAACAGUUAUAAUUAAAACCCCCCAACGUUUCUUUCUCGGAUUUUAACAACAAAGUGUGUAAGAGAAGACCAAUUUUUUGUUCAGACAGAUGAAGCGAAAAAGAGGGCAUAAGAAAGGGAACAAAGCUAAAGCCAAUGCUGCUGCGGCGGUGAAUGAAGCAGCUGUGAAUGUUGUGAGUGUAAAUAGUGAAGAGAAUUCUGUUAAUGAUGAAUAUGAGUCGGGAAUGGAAGUUGAUACUCCUUCAUCCACCGGAACCGAUCAGGCAUUGCAUGUUGCUAGCAUAAAUCCUGAUGGCUCCAUUGAUAAGGCUAUAGGAAAGCCAGUUGGUCGUGUUAAGGUGAAGCUCAAGACAUCAUCUAAAGCAUUGGAAUCUGAUGUGCCAUCACACAGUGAUACUGACAAGAGCAGUCCUCAAGUAGGGCUUGAGAGACCAGGUGUGGUUAAUGAGAAAAUGGAAGAUAGUGCUAAUUCAUCAGCCGAGGUGAAAAUGGGUGUUUCUAGUGGUGCGUCGAGGAAAGCCGGAAGCAUAAAGAUUAAGCCUUCGAGGGUUUUGGGUAGUUCAAAUGUUGAUAAGAGUGGUAAUACUGUAGCAGGAGAACGCCAAAGUUCUUUCCAGAAAGAAGUAAAGAUGCCUUGUCAGGGUUCUCGGUAUAAUAAGCUGGAACUUGAUUCUGCUUUGACGGUCAUUAAGAAAGUGAUGAAAAUGGAAGCAGCUGCUCCUUUCAAUGAGCCUGUGAACCCUGAAGCUCUAGGGAUACCUGACUAUUUUGAUAUCAUAGACACACCAAUGGAUUUUGGAACAAUAUGCAACAAUCUUGAAAACGGUGAUAAGUACAUGAAUUCAGAGGAUGUGUUUAAGGAUGUACAGUAUGUUUGGGAUAAUUGUUGCAAGUACAACAACAAAGGUGAUGCUAUCUUGGACCUAAUGAGGCGGGUUAAGAAGAAUUUCAUGAAGUAUUGGACAGCAGCUGGAUUAUACAGUGAACAGUCGAGGAGAACAAAUGCUGCCGAAGGUGGUGAAGUUGAGGAUGCUGCACUGUCCAGCCAGGGGAAAAUGCAGAUAAAAGCUGGUCAAUCAAAAAUGAAAAAUAAAAAACACGGAAGGCGCCAUAAAAGCGAUUGUUUAUGUGCUAUAUGUGUUUUGAAGCGACGCAAGAGAGAGCGUGAGGCAAAUGAACGAAUGGCUAAAGGUCAGAUUGGAGUUCAGGAGCUCCAACAAGAGGAGUCUUCACCUGUUGAUAGUCCUUAUGCUGAGGAUUCAUCAUUAAAUAUGGAUGAAUUGAUGGACCAAGAUGCAGAUGCUGAGGUGGAAGGUGAAGGAGAGAAGGUGAAAGUGGAGGUGUCUGAGCAGCAGUACAUCCAUAUGGAGGAGAGGCACGAGGAGGAGGAUGACGAGGAAGAAGAGGAAGAGGAGGAUGAGGAAGAAAAUGAGAUAAAGACUAUGAACAAAGGUGAAGGCGAAACAAAAGAGCAAUCACAGUUUGCAGAUAGAUUGUCAGAGGAGCAUAGUAGAAAAUCUCAGCCUGAAGCAGUGGAUAAGUCUGAUGCAGUAGCCCCAACUCAGAAAGUAUCUACUCUAGCACAAAAUGAGGAAGAAAGUAGAGCAGUUCAGCAACAGAGACACAAGGAGUCACAAGAAAGACAACAAAGAGCUAAAAUGUUGGAGAGCUUCUGCAUUGAAAAUCCCAUUCUCCUCAACUUAUGUGGAAUUCUAUUUCCUAACAAUCAGAAGUCUGUUUGGAGUGGCCCUCAUUCCUUGGUGAAGAAUCAGGUUUCCCGAACUAGUCCAAUUCAUGCAGCUAUUGAGACUUUCAUGAAGUAGAUUACUUUAAGGAUGCCUUCUAUGGUAUAUGUUCUGGUUCCUUUGUCAAGAAGGUUUGACAUAACCCUGGAAAAUCUGUCUAGGUAAAAUAGGUGAUUAGCCUGUGCAUUGCAAGCAAUCUAUUUUACAGCUGUAAAUUAUUAGAUGCCAAGCACACGAAAUAUUGAAAAAUUCUUAAUUUCACCCUUUUAUCAUAUAAGUGUGAUCUUUCAUUUUA